GGAGAAAUUUUUGACCCGUAUUCGAUUCGUUUCGUUCCAUUCAAGUUCCCGUCUUUUCUUUUGAAAGCCUUUGCUUCCGUGGUUUCAUCUGGAUUCUGGUUAAUCCAACUUUAUGGGCAAAAUUACAGUGGCAGCUAGAACCUUCCCCUCUCAAUGCAGUUUGAUAUGCAGACGAAGAGGGUAGAUGAUACCACGGUGGACAUUUCAGACUUUUGAGUAGAUAUGCAAGCCCUGUGUUAAAAAAUUUCGUCUUUGAGUCUUAGGUGUAGUGAAGGUGCAAGAAGGGGGAUGUCUCUUCGGAUAAAAGCUGUUGUAGAUAAGUUUGUGGAGGAGUUGAAGGAAGCAUUAGAUGCUGACAUGCAAGACAGGAUCAUGAAGGAGAGAGAGAUGCAAAGUUACAUUAAGGAACGUGAGCGUGAAGUUGCUGAGCGCGAGGCUGCAUGGAAGGCUGAGCUUUCUCGUCGGGAGGCAGAGAUUUCUCGCCAAGAAGCAAGGCUGAAGAUGGAGAGGGAAAAUCUUGAGAAAGAAAAAAGCGUAUUAAUGGGAACCGCGUCCAUUCAGGAUAAUCAAGAUGGAGCUCUUGAAAUCACAGUCGGUGGUGAAAAAUACCGUUGCCUCAGAUUUACCAAGGCCAAGAAAUGAGGCUUUACUUGGUUGGCACCAAAAAAAGGAAUACGAAUCAGACAUUACAUUCUCCACCAAAUACCUAGUGUGAGGAAUAUGGAGAAAUUUUUCUGAAUGAUCCACUCAUUUUGAAGCUCAACAGAAAAUCACUUGUCAUGUCUUUGUUAUCGGGAACUGUUCUGACUUGUUACAUUAUAAUUUGCCAAAAUAUUCUUUGUAAACUCUGGGACGGGUGUAGAUUUAAGGAGAGAGGCCAAGAAGCUACAAAAGAAAUAUGUACAAAGAACAUUGAUGUGGCAAAAUGGACCAUCAUGAAGUUCAGAAAAGGGGCUUUUAUUCAUAA